CUGCAACAGAUGACAAACUUCUACUAACCUACCACGGAUGAUUUAAUUGUAUGGAUCUCAGUUAGAACGUGGGUGAAGAUGGGCCUGCCUGGCACGUUAACCCUGGUACUGAUGCUACUGGGAUCUCUGCUGGAAGUGGGAGACUGCUGUCCACAUCCAUGUGCCUGUUACCUCCCCACCGAGGUGCACUGUACCUUUCGCUCCCUGCUCCGCGUGCCUGCUGGAAUACCCAAACAAGUGGAACGCAUGAAUCUGGGAUUUAACACAAUAAAUCAGAUCACAGAAAGCUCAUUUGAUGGACUGAGAAAAUUGGAUCUUCUGAUGAUGCAUGGAAAUGAUAUACAUGAAAUCCCCCAUGGCGUCUUCCAAGACCUCGUGUCUCUACAGGUGCUGAAAAUGAGUUACAACAAAGUCAGAGUGAUCACUGGACACACCCUGUUUGGCUUGUCAAGCCUGGUGAGGCUGCACUUGGACCACAACCGCAUUGAAUUCGUCCACCCUGAUGCUUUCCAUGGAAUGACCUCUUUACGGCUGGUCAACCUGGAGGGCAACCACAUCCAGCAGCUCCAUCCGGCCACCUUCAGCACCUUCUCCCUGAUCCAGCAGUUUCCCCUGUCCACUAUCAAGCAUCUGCAUCUGGCUGAUAAUAUGCUGACCACUCUCCCAAAGAGCCUGCUGAGGAACAUGCCCCAGCUGGAGAAUCUCUUCAUUUAUGGCAAUCCCUGGAGCUGUGAUUGCACAAUGAAUCAUAUCUUAGACUGGACAAAAAGCCACCCAGGAGUUCUGAAAUGUAAAAAAGACAAAGCAUACCCUAAAGGCCAUCUCUGUCCAACGUGCGCAUCUCCAAAACAUCUGGCGAAGAAAACAAUCUCCGACCUCCAAGACCUCUCUUGCACCGGACCUGUCAUUAACUCCUCAGAGAAGAGCCCCACCCCUGAGCCGAGCCUGAGUGAUUUACUCUCCGCCGAAGAAUUGAGAGGGCCGUUUGGGAACAUCACGCUCAAUCUGUCCGAUGAACACGGAAACAAAGUGGAUCUUAGUUGUCGCAUUGAGGCGCAGAGAGAGUCCACCAAAAUUGCCUGGGAACAAAUAGGAUCGGAGGAGAUUGUGGCUAACUUAACGCUCUCCCUUGACCUGGAGUGCCCGAUCGAGCGUCAGGAGUACGAGAGAUUGUGGAGACUUAUUGCGUACUACAGCGAAGUGCCUGUCCACCUACAGAGAGUGAUCAUGCUUAGCAAAGAACCCAAGCUGAGUUACAGAUACAGGCAGGAUGUUGAAAAAGAUGCUUAUUACUACACUGGGGUGCAAGCCAACAUAGUGUCCCACCCAUCCUGGUUGAUGCAGCCCUUGAUGAAGUUACAACUGAACAGACCACAUUCAACCGCAAAAAAUGUCAAGUUGAUGCUCGGAACCCAUUUCUCAUCAAACUGGGAGAUUGAAAUGAUGAGACGACAGCGAAGGGACUGGGUAAUGAUUGAACGCCACAACAAAACGCAGACCACAAUGACUGCUGUAACGGGAGGCACGACGGAAAUGGACUGCAAUGUGCUCAGCUCUGGCCACGCAUCAGUUCAGUGGAGACUGCCAGAUGGCUCCAAAAUCAAAGCGCCUUACACCAGCCCUGACAAGAGGAUUGCUGUAUCCAGCAGUGGGAAGCUGGUCAUGAAAACACUAAGCCACGCCGACGCUGGUGUGUAUUACUGUGUUGCCGGGGUGAGGAACGAUCAAGAUUUUCUCCCGUUCCGCUUAGCUGUGGUGGAGUCCUCGGCUCCCCCUCCAGGUGAGAAGGCAGGGCCAGCGGUGACACACUCCGUUGGAGAGCCAAUCUCUCUUCCGUGUGUCGCCUCUGCUGCCCCUGACGCCGAAAUCAAUUGGAUUUUCCCGGAUGGAAGCAAAGCAACCAUCAAAGCCAAUUCAUCAAAGGCUUAUGUUUUUUCCAACGGAACCCUGUUUAUUCCACACAGUCAGCUCAGUAACAACGGCUAUUACAAAUGUGUGGCCAUUAACCAGCAUGGCACAGACACCCUGGCAUCAAAGGUAACGAUCACAGGUAAGGAGGCCCUGCAGCCACUCAGAAGGUAUCCCAUGAGGCCACAUUUCCCAGAGCAAAAUGAAAAAAUAAACUCCCAGAAGUUGUCAAAUGGAAAGGCGCCGAUAUCCUCUGCCACUGUAGCCAUAACAUCCACAACUAGAACUCCAACGAUUAUCUUAAAGACAUCUACUUCAUCAAAACCAAAAACUCAGCAUCAAACAAGUCAGAGCUCAACAAAUAGACAUUCUGCUACAGUAAUACUUUCGCCCAACACUUAUGAUGGGUCCUCUCAGAGACCUGUCACAGUGCCUCGCCUGAAAGGAAAACCCAAGAUCACCACCAACAAUAUCUACACAUUUAUAGUCAACGCUUCAACUGAUGUACGGCUUCCAUGUGAUGCUGUUGGGGAGCCUAAGCCAUUCCUCACAUGGACCAAAGAAUCCACAGGAGCUAUCAUGUCAGCAAACAGCAAGCUCCAGAGGUUUGAAGUCCUGCCAAACGGAACCUUUGUGAUCCGUAAUGUGCAGCUUCAGGACCGUGGCCAAUAUCGCUGCACAGCCCAGAACCUCUACGGGGUGGACAAGCUGACCGUCACCCUCUUUGUCAUGGCUCAACAGCCCAAAGUGCUCACCCCCAGGCAUCGCGACGUGACCGUGUACCUGGGCGAGAGCACCAGCCUGGCGUGCCAAGCCCAGGGUCUGCCGGAGCCGCACAUCACCUGGGUGCUGCCCAACAGAACCGUGCUGCACACCCUCAGCACUGCGGAACAGCGGGUCAUGCUCCUGCCCAACGGCACUCUUCAGGUCAAGCAGAUCAACUACCCGGACCGGGGGAUUUACAAAUGCAUAGCCAGCAACGUGGCCGGAGCGGACACGCUGUCUGUGCGCGUGCACAUCGCGGCGUUGCCCCCUAUGAUCCAGCAGCCGCACCGCGAGAACUUCACCCUCUCCGAGGGCCAGACCGUCUACGUCGACUGCAGCGCCAAGGGCGCGCCCCAGCCGAGCAUCCGCUGGGUGGUCAACGACGGCACGCAGGUCCGCCCCUCGCAGUUUGUGAAGGGAAACAUGUUUGUCUUCCCCAACGGCACGCUGUUCGUUCGCAAUCUGUCCACGAAAGACUCGGGGAGCUACGAGUGCAUGGCCGUCAACGUCGUGGGGGCGGCGAAGAGGACGGUGAGCUUGGUGGUGAGGAAGAGCUCGUCCACAGCCAAGAUCACCUCCACGUCUCCGCACAGCACUGACGUGAUGUACGGCGGGAAUCUGCGGCUGAACUGCAUUGCCUCCGGCGAUCCAGCGCCCAGGAUUGUGUGGAGGACUCCAUCCAAGAAGCUAAUAGAUGCACAUUACAGCUUUGAUCGCAGGAUGAGAGUCUUCAGUAAUGGCACGCUAAUAAUCCACGGAGUAACAGACGUAGACGAGGGAGACUACUUAUGUGUUGCCAGAAACAAAAUGGGCGAUGACUAUGUGCUCCUCAAAGCCAACGUGAUGAUGAAGGCAGCCAAGAUUGAGGGAAAACAGCUGAGCAGCCACAAGGUCUCCUACGGAGGGGAUUUAAAAGUCGACUGCGUCGCCUCCGGUCUCCCAAACCCAGAGAUCAGGUGGAGUCUGCCAGAUGGAACGAUGGUUAACAGCGUUAUGCAAUCGGACGACAGCGGCGUGCGCACGAGACGGUACGUGGUCUUCGACAACGGCACUCUUUACUUCAACGAAGUCGGAAUGAAAGAGGAGGGCGACUACACGUGCUACGCCGAGAACCGGCUGGGCAAGGACGAGAUGAAGGUUCACAUAAAGGUCGUGCCGGAGCCCCCGGUGAUCCGAAACAAAACCUCCGAAGCGAUAAAAGUGAACUACGGGGAGACCGUGGCAUUGACGUGCAGUGUCAAGGGUGAGCCGACUCCCGUCAUCACGUGGCUAACGCCAACCAGCCGCGUCAUACCCCCCACGUCAGACAAAUACCAGCUGCGCUCAGACGGGACGCUGCUCAUCCAGAAGGUGCAGAGGUUAGAUAACGGCACCUACACCUGCACGGCCAGGAACUCGGCGGGUUUGGACAGGAAACAGGUGAGGGUGGAAGUUCUCGUCUCGGCGCCGACCAUCAACGGGCUCCGGGGCUCGGCCAGCUCCACGCGGGAGACGGCGCUGAGGGACCAGCGCAAGCUGCUGCACUGCAAGGCCGAGGGCACCCCGAUCCCGCGGGUCAUGUGGGUGCUGCCCGAGAACGUGGUGCUGCCCGCCCCGUACUACGGCAGCAGGAUCACCGUGCACCGCAACGGCACGCUGGACAUCCGCUCGCUGCGGUCGACCGACUCCGUCCAGCUGCUCUGCAUCGCGCGCAACGAGGGAGGGGAGGCGCGCCUGCAGGUCAGUCUGGACGUGAUAGACGAGGUGGAGAAGCCCAAGCUGAAGAACCCCGCCGCGGAGUCCGUGUCCCUCACCAGCGGAGUUUCCGUGACUUUGAACUGCACCGUUGAAGGCAGGCCAACGCCCCAGGUGACCUGGAUCCUUCCCAAUGGCACAACCAUCACGAGUGGCACAACUGUUUACAAGUUCCAGCACAGGCCAGAUGGCUCCCUGUUUAUCAGAGACCCGUCUCCGGCUGAGAUCGGACGGUACCGAUGUGUUGGCAGAAACUCAGCUGGCUCUGUCGAGCGUACCGUCACGUUAGAGUCAGGGAAGAAGCCUGAUAUCAAUAACAAAUACAACUCGGUGGUGAGCAUUAUCAACGGCGAAAACCUGCAGCUGAAUUGUCUCUCGAAAGGGACUAAGCUCACCUGGACUCUACCUGCUGGCGUGGUGCUCACGAGACCCCAGGCAACGGGACGUUACACAGUCCUGGAGAACGGAACUCUUCUGGUGAAGCAGGCCUCUGUGUAUGACAGGGGAACAUACCAGUGUAAGUCCACGAAUGAGCACGGCACGUCUGUGCUGUCCGUGCCUGUGAUUGUCAUUGCCUAUCCGCCACGUAUAACAAACGGUCCUGGAGCAGUGACUUACGCCAGACCCGGUGUGGCCAUUCAGUUGAACUGCAUGGUCAUUGGCAUCCCCAUAGCCGAGGUGUCCUGGGAGAUGCCUGAUAAGACUAUGUUCAAAGCCGGCACUCAGGCACGUGUCUACGGGAACAAAUAUCUUCAUCCACAAGGCUCCCUGGUCAUUCAGAACCCCUCCAGCAGAGACACUGGUUUCUAUAAGUGCACUGCCAAGAACGUUGUAGGAAGUGACACAAAGUCAACCUAUUUACAUGUGUUUUAAUGGGAAAUAAUUGAUGCUAUACAUGCCCACAAAACUGCGCAAACUCAGUGCACAAGAUACUGUUCACACAAGCACAUAUGAGUAAUUUUUAUUGCAAAAGAAUGCUCUGUAUCUGGAGCCGGUUUAUUGUUUUAAUUCCAUUUACAUUGAGUUCAAGUUUCAAGCAUCUUUCCAUAUUUCAACAAAUAUCUAUGUGAUAAUGUAUGCAAAAACGAGCUUUUUCUUUAACAAAAGCUGAAUUUAGGGAUUUAUUGUCAUGAAUUCAAAUGCCAAAAACUCGACAUAUUGAAUUGUAGACAUCAGGGAACAAAAUUGUAACUGCUGUUGCAAAAUGUCAUACAUUACUCACAACUAAUAUGAUGCUUAUGUCCUUCACAGACAUAUUUGAUAUUCACAUUCGUACUUGUUAUCUUUAUUUUGUAAACUAAUACCUUAUAAUACAAAUUGACAUGUUUUGUGCCAUAUUUGAAUAAGAAGGGAAUGUUUUUUUUACUGUUAAAGAAAUGGAUCAGUUCCUAAUCGUGA